CUCCCCGCCCUGCGGCUCUUCCUCGCGUCGCUGCUGCAGUAAAACCCACGGAAACAGACGGAAAAUAGGUUAACGCUGCUGCUGUGUCAAAACCAGCCUUUUCUGUACAAAACAACGAGACCAAGAGCAGAAUUUUCCUCUUAUAUUUGUGCUUUCAUUUAUUGCUGUUCAUUUCCGAGGGGGAAUUCCGUCGCACAGGCAGCAACAUGGGAAAUGAGGCAAGUUAUCCCCUGGAAAUGUGCUCACAUUUCGAUGCUGAUGAGAUUAAAAGGCUGGGAAAGAGGUUUAAGAAACUCGACCUAGAUAAUUCAGGAUCCCUCAGUGUGGAAGAGUUCAUGUCUUUGCCCGAGUUACAGCAGAAUCCGCUGGUGCAGAGAGUCAUCGAUAUAUUCGACACGGAUGGCAACGGCGAGGUGGAUUUCAAAGAGUUUAUAGAGGGCGUCUCACAGUUCAGUGUGAAGGGUGAUAAAGAAAUGAAGCUCCGCUUCGCUUUUAGGAUCUAUGACAUGGACAAGGAUGGUUACAUUUCCAACGGGGAGCUGUUCCAGGUGUUGAAGAUGAUGGUGGGCAACAACCUGAAGGACACGCAGCUGCAGCAGAUCGUGGAUAAGACCAUCAUCAAUGCAGACAAGGACGGGGAUGGAAGAAUAUCUUUCGAGGAAUUCUGUGCUGUUGUUGGAGGUCUUGAUAUACACAAGAAGAUGGUUGUGGAUGUGUGAGCGAGUCCAUCUCCACCAGAUCUGCUUUCCUCUCCAUCUCUGACGAUCUGCUCAAAACAUCCAGCAAAUGCUCUUUGUGUAUUUCAAUGGAAGUAUUUAAGCCACUUUUGUCAAAUAGAAGCCUUGUCAACGUGUGCGUGUUAUUGAACUCCAAUCUGCUCAAUAACCUGCUGUAGCACUUUAUGGGCUUAUGGACACUGAAAGAGCAUGUCAGUUAAAGAGGAAAGAGCAUUGGCUUGUCCAUAUUUAUUUAGGUUUUUUUAAUGCUUCUUUUUUUAAUAUUUAUUUUGUUUCAUCUCUUUUUUUUUUUUUUAAAGUUAAGUAUAAUAUAAAUAAGUAUACGUAGGGUAUGACGUGCCAAGCAGAACAUACAGAACAAACGUACAGUCACCACCGUCAUGUUCAAACGCUUGUUCCAUUGCAUGACGUAAAGAUGCAAUGUUUGCUUUUUUCCUGUUACGCUUUGUGAUAUACUCUAUUUCUAUCAUUCUAGCAUUUUGGAUUUUAGCAUCUAACCAUGUUUAAUACCUGUUUUUGUAUUAAUCGUGAUAUAAUGUUUAUGUAUAAAUGUUUAUAUUGUUGGAAAGUGCAUCUUCAGGUCUGAAUUGUUGAGACAGUCCAGCAGAAAGUUACCAAGAAACAAAAUACGAUUUGGUUUACUUCAAUAACGCUUUAUGUGAAACAUAACGAAUAUGUUUGUCCAUAUGAUAAUCCCAGCAUACAGUGGCCACAAAUAGUAUUUGGACACUAAAGUCACAAUAACAAUGAAUGUCUGUUUGUCACUGCAGUAGAAAACUCAAUAUCAAAGCAAGAUUCAUCUGCAAGAUGCUGCUAGAUCUUUCCUCCGCAUUAACUUCAGUUUUCUGAGACAAUGACUUUUAAGCUGUUGUUUGUCAGUUCUCACAGGUGUUUUUUUUUUUUUUGUCACAUUGAAAAGGUCUAUAUGUAGAAUUAAAAAAACCUUGUUAGCGACACCGGUGGCCAUUAAGUGAACUGCAUACUGCGUGCUUUCUUCUCAAUAACAAAAUAAACAACAAAAAUGACGGCAGUGAGAAAAUGGCAGUUAAGAAAUCUUUUCAUAGUGAUGUGGAUGUUAGUAAAAGCUCUGCAACUUACCGGCAUCGUGUCGACAGGUGAGGUAAUUAACUUAGGAUUGUUCAAGUAUAUUUGAGACUAUAGUUUGAAUGAAUCCCUUUUCUUUGCAUGACACAUUGACAUUACAAUACAGAAUAACUCUUUUUGUGUUAUCCUGAUCAUUGUAAGCAUUAAUAAGCCUUUUUCACACUUCCGGGUUUCGUGUCUCUGGUGCUCGGCAUCGCAGGUUAAAUUUACUUCCGGCGUGUUGUUGUAAGAGACUGCAUUAAAUAUAUUUUCCACAAUAGUAUUUUCACAACUUUCAAAAGAGGGAAAAAACUGAGAUUGAUAACGGCAGUAAGAAGAAAGAUGUCAAUUUGACCUCACUCCCUAUUACAAACACCCUCACAGCAGCGUUAACAAAUUGUGUGUGUAAUUUGAUGCAAAGCUAAUAUAAUACAAAGUAUAAUGUUAUGAAUGUACAUAAAAUUUAAAAAUGAAAAUAUAAAAAACUUAGCAGGAUUUACGAUGGUAAUGACCGUUAAAACGCAUCAUCACAGUCUGUGAAAAAGGCUAAUUUCAUGUGUCAUUGAACGGAAGAGGGGCUCUCGGCAGCGCGCGUUGUAACUGUCACAGCCUUUUGAUUUUCCCGGCAAAAACGUCCCGAAGUCCUUCACUUAAAAACCAGUCUACAGGCUUUCAUAUACAACCUAGGAGGUUUUGGAAGGUGUCAUUUUUUUAAGUUUCGUUACAAGCUGUUCACACAUGGCAAUAAAAAAGCGAUUAAUACAUGAAAAGUCUUACAUAAAGUUCAGCUACAUAUAACCAAAGUUUGCACAUCGAAAGUUUAAUUACGUAAAAUCCAACAAACCUACAUUUGUUCGAAUAUAUUGCUUAAAAAUAGGCUCUCUUACAAUGACACUUGCUUUGAUAUUUCAUAUAAUGUGACUGAAGUGCCCAAACUUUUUUGGGAUUGCUGUGUAUCUGAUAAUCUAUAACACAUGGAUGAUUUUCAUGUCCAUCUUUUGUAUACUCACAUGUAAAUGCAGCAGGAUACCCUUGUGCUAUGUAUUACACAGUUGAUUGACAUCCACAGGCAUUCAAUACAGUACAUGAGCUUUAAAGCACCUAAAAGCUUGUAAAAAUGGGUAUAGUCAAGUAUAAUAUUUUCAACAAGACUACAGACUACUACAAAAAUGAAUUUAGCCUACUCUUGAAUGUUUACAUGCAUGACAGGAGCAGCUUAACCAAAUUCAUCACUGGUCUGUUUACUCUGAUCUCAGCAUAUCAACCAAUCUUUGAGGCUUCUGCUGUGUUAACUAGUUCCUUUCUGCAUGUUUAUCAGUUUCACCUAUUGUAAUUCUUUAUACUCAAGCUGUGAAAGUUAUAUCCAAUAUCAGAAGAACCAUGAACGCAUUACAUAUGUUGCCAAAUUAGAAACAAACAUUUUACUCAAUCAUGGUCAGGUCACAUCAUUUGCCCUUUGUUUUGUAAAUACACAUCUUUUAAGCAAGUCAUGGUUUAAGAAAAUUAAUUUUUCUGCAACUUUUGCUGAAUGAAAUGGGUAUCUCCUAAAUAUGAAGGCACAAUAAACACGUCAGUUAUGGGAUGUCUUUUCUGCAUGCUGCAUCAAACUAACUACUAUGGGAUAUAUGGACUACUUGAUACUGUAUGAAACAAUAAACAUUUAAAACUUGACUACUCAA